AUCUGUCCUUCCUUCCUCCCCUCCUUGGCCGUGCUGCUCCUCUGCUUGGCCGCCUCCAUGUAUCGGCCCACAGCAGCGCACUCAGACGCUUCUAAUCCUCUUUUGAUGAACUUGGUUAAUGGACCUCCUGCGGCGGACUUUGGCUCUGUUCAUUAGGCAGCACACGACCCUCUCCACGCCCCCGCAGCGCGCACUGCGCGUCCUCGCUGCUCCCAUCUCCAUAAAUUCAGCAUCAAAGUGGAGAAAGUUGACCGUGUGUUACUUUGUUGACGGUGUUUGGAACAAGUUUGUUCCGGGGAAGACGAGAAGUGAUGCCGCCGAGUAAAAGUCUCUUCGCGCCUUUCAUCUCAGUGGAGCCGGAGGGAGGAGUCGGCCCCGCGGCCCCGGCGGCUCUCCACGCCGACAUCCAAGCUCUGCUGCAACGGAGCCGCGCGCAGGAGCGAGCGGGGUCAGAGCGCAUCAGACGUGCCUGCGACCACCGAGACGCUCCGUGCGCCAUCGUGGAGCUCCGGCUGGGCCCGAGCGGCGGCGCGCUGCACUAUCUCCAGCCGGACAAGUGCGCUCUGGAGCGGGCGCAGAGACGGAGACGCCUCGCCGCCAACGCCCGGGAGAGGAGGAGGAUGCUGGGGCUUAACGUCGCCUUCGACCGGCUGCGGAGCGUCAUCCCCAACCUGGAAAGCGACAAGAAGCUCUCCAAAUCGGAGACGCUCCAAAUGGCGCAGAUUUACAUCGCCACCCUCAGCGAGCUGCUCCAGGAGGGCGCGUGCGGAGCUUCGGUGCUAACCCGCGCACCACGGGCCCCGGGGCCCGCUCCGCACUCACAGGGGACCACAGCGGCAGCAGGGGAGCCAUCAGGGCCCGUCAGGGACUGUCACACCGGGAGGAGCAGCGGAGGCCCGGCGCGCACAGACGAGAAGCAGAGGAGUUAUAAUGAGGACAUGUGAGAGAGAAACAGCGGGACCAAAUGACUUUUAUAAACUGAGUGAACUUUUAAAAAUGAGACUUUUUUCUACAAGAAUGUCACUGUUUGUUUUCUGUAGUGCAUUUUUCAUUAUUUUCAUUAUUUACUGGCAAAGAGUUGUAUCUGUCUGAGAAGUGCUGGACCUGUUGUUGAGUGAAAACAUUUGUUUCUUGCAGCAGCACAGAGACCAUGAAUUUAUGAUGUUGUAUUAUUAUUCAAUAAGUCUUUUUCCCACUGUGACCAAACUGUCUGUAGCAGAGUUCCUCUGAAAGAAAAAAAAAACCUGCAAAAAUGUUUUCUGAUAAUCUGACCAAAGUUCAGAGGAUUUUGAGAAAUGAGACAAAAGACAGACGGAGCAGGGAAUACUGAAAGUAGCAAUUUUUAUUAUUUUAAAAUUAUGUACAGGUAACCAAAGACAUCAGUCUGCAAAUUGGUACAAAGAUCAAGUUUUCCUGCAGUUGGCUUGUUAAGAAGCUCUCUGUCUGUCUGUCUGUCCAAAACAACAACACGACUGACUGACGGGAGAAAAGGCUUUAGAAAAUGAAAAAUAGAGUCAGAUUCAGAAAAGUAGAGUCUACCGGUCUAAAUUUAAAUUUAACCCACCCACCCCCACCCACGACCCCACCCCCCCCAAUUACCCAUCAACCUCUCCUCCUACACGAGGAAAUCAAUCUAUGUACAACAACUAUGUACAAAAAGCUCUUCCAUUCAUUCUUCCAGACGUCUGUGAAUAAAGCUCUUGUAAACUUAAAAAAAAAGGAGUGUGAGGGUUAAACUGUGUGUGUGUGUGUGUGUGUGUGUGUGUGUGUGUGUGUGUGUGUGUGUGUGUGUGUGUGA